CAAACGGACGCGGCACACCGUUCGUGAGUCGUUUCCUCUCACAUCGCCCCUCCCCCUCGAUUUGCGUGUAAUCCACAGAGCUCUAAGCCCACACCACCCUCUCUUCUCUCCUCCCCUGCCCCAACCCAACCGUCUCCCUCUAUAAAAUCCCCACCGUCUUCUCUUCUUCCCUCAUCUCUCAAUCUCUCUCUCUCUGAAAUCUUAAUAAGAUUACUAUAAUGGCAUCAGGUGGUGUGAUGUACAGAUCUUAUCUAGGGUUUUCUCUGUUAUUGGCGUUCUUCCUCUGUUGCUCUUCUUUCAGGGUUGUCAAUAUCAAUGGGUAUGGGGGUAUGGUGGGAGGAAGGAGAGACGUUAAAGAUGUGAAGAACAACAAAGAGAUUCAGGAUCUGGGAAGGUUCUCUGUGGAGAAAUACAACAAAAACCAACACCAUUACCAAGACGGAGGAAUAGCUGAUGAUGGCAUUCUGGAUUUCAAGGAAGUAGUGAAAGCGCAAACCCAGGUGGUAUCAGGUUUCAAAUAUUACCUCACCAUCUGUGCUUCUCAUGAUGGAACCUUAAAGACUUAUGAUGCCAUCGUCGUUAUAAAGCCAUGGGUUCGAUCCAAACAACUUAUUACCUUCACCCCUUCCAUUAAAAUUUACUGACUCGAAAAGCAUCGUCUUCCUUUGUGCUUUCUAGGGUUUCUCUUUACUUUUCUUGUGUCCUUACAAUUAGUUUUGUUUCAGUUGUUGUACUUUUUUGUAUGUUCAGGGUUGGGUUCAUAUGUUUUACCGUAAAAUAAGGAAGACUGGAGCUGAUUUGAUGAUCUGAACACCCCCCCCCCAAUGGACUUCAACGGCUUAUCUAAAUAUUGAUAUGAUCAAAAUCCA